AUGGGAUCUCUUUCCCGCGAUAUCCUCGCUCAGGCCGCGACGCUACAGACGCCGGCCGAAGUUUGGAGUACCAUCCAUGCCAUGUUCGCUGCCCAGAGUCAAGCCCAAGCCAUCAACACCCGCAUCGAGCUCACCAACCUAAAAAAAGGUAACAUGACCAUGGCUGACUAUCUUAGCAGGAUCAAGAGUCUUACUGAUGAAGUCGCGUGCACUACCGCGGCCCUCUUGAAUCUGGAAACCGUCUCCAAGAUCCUCGCUGGCCUGGACAUGGAGUACAAUCCGGUGGUCUCUGCGCUUGUUGCUCGGGUGGAACCCAUCACCGUCCAGGAGUUGUACAAUCAGCUGCUGAGCUUCGAUGCCCGCCUCACCCUCCUCCAUGGCGGCGACCUACGGCAGUCAUCUGCCAACUCCGCUUCUCGUGGCCGCGGCCGUGGGCACGGUCACCAGGGGCAGAACCGUGGCGGUGGCCGCGGACGCGGCGUCCCUCAGGGCGAUGGCGCUCGCUCUGGUGGGAGCUACAGCUACAACAACGGGGGCGGCUACAGCUCCAACAACAACGGCGGUGGCUUCAACUCCAACAAUAGCCGCCGUCCCUCUUCCUCUCAUCCUCGCCCACGUUGCCAGCUCUGCAAGAAAUCUGGCCAUGAGGUCAUGGACUGCUGGCAUCACUACGACGAGAACUAUGUGCCUGAUGCUCUCCAUGUUGCUGCUGCCAUGCGCGAACAGGGAGAAGACGGCGUCUGGUACGUUGAUUCUGGCACCACCGACCAUGUCACCAAUGAACUAGAGCAACUUGCUCUUCGCGAGAGGUACCACGCCGCUGAUCAGAUCCACACCGCAAGCAGAGGAGGUAUGGAUAUUUGCCACAUUGGUCAAGCCUCGAUUAAUUCCUCCAAUCUUAAGCGUGGUCUAGUUCUUAGGGAUGUCCUUCAUGUUCCACAAGGUGACAAAAAUCUUGCAUCCAUGUCUCGUUUAGCCAUCGAUAAUAAUGUCUUCUUUGAAACUCACCCUCGCUGA